UAGUACGAAAUCGAAACGUCCCCACUGAGCAUGAUAGAGUCAAUGGAGAGCCUGUGGCGAGCGGCGACGGGCGCAAACCCUAACCCCGAAGACUACGACGGCGUCGAGUACUGGUCCAACCCGGAGCGCUCCGGCUGGCUCACCAAGCAAGGCGACUACAUCAAGACCUGGCGCCGCCGCUGGUUCGUCGUCAAACAGGGCAGGCUCUUCUGGUUCAAGGACCCCUCCUCCGCCGCCUCCCGCGCCGGCGGCCCCCGCGGCGUCAUCCCCGUCGGCAACUGCCUCACCGUCAAGGGCGCCGAGGACGUCAUCAACAAGCCCUACACCUUCGAGAUCUCCACCGAUCGGUUCACCAUGUACUUCAUCGCCGAUAAUGACAAGGACAAGGAGGACUGGAUCAACUCGAUCGGGAGGGCUAUAGUGCAGCACUCGAGGUCGGUGACUGAAUCGGAGGUCGUCGAUUACGAUAGCAAACCCUAGAAGUGGAUUUCUGUUGUGUUAGGUGCGUCUCGUUCUUUUCUUUCGACCUGUUUUGUGUGCUUUGGGAUGUGAAUUUCGUGGCUUGUAUAUUCGCUGGGAUAUGCUGUUGCUUGUUGCUCUUAAAAAGAAUGAUCUUACGGAAUGAAGCAAUUUUUCUUGUUUAAA